CCUCGCCCUGUCUGUAACUUGGGGGCGAGGCCCACGGCGCCCGCAGAGCCUGGGGCGCAAGGGGCAUGAUGCGCCCCCCGUGGGGCAGCCUAGGCGCGGGGGGCUCAACACGUCGAGCUACCAGCCCCGGCUGGUUCUGACGGGCUGCGGCCCCGACCAAGGGUAGUCGACCCGCCCCGUCGCCGCGGUCGUGCCGCUCCAGAGGCCACCUGCCCCAUCUUGCUCACCUUGCCCGCGGUCGGGGGAGAAGGGUCGCAUGUCCCGUUGAACAGUCAGCGGGGUCUGGCCUUGCAAAACCCCUGCGCUCUCCACUAUUCAUCCUUUUGAUCCCGGUCUGGUUGCCCCCCUCCACUUGUGAUUAGGACAGGGAGAUCUUAUUCCUGGAGCCAGCGGCAAAUGCUUUAUCUCUAACGAUGUCGCUGCUGAUAGACUGACAUCAUAACACGAAUAUUUCCUGAGUCUGUCAGAAACGUGAGCUAAACAUAAAUGUGUGUCUGUUUUCUACUUACAGCCAUGGAGUGCAGAGACAAGCCAGUUAUCCGGAAACUAGUACAAGCACGGUUGCCUUUCAAGCGUUUGAAUCUUGUACCAAAGGAGAAAUAUGACACAGGCAUGGAAGUCAAGAAAGCAAAGAGCUCACAAGAUGUUCUUGGUCAAAAUAAAGAUACCAAUCUAGAUACAUCACAUGCAUCCUUGGACAAUAUGGAGAAUGACUGCCAGUUGGAUUCUGAAAUGCAGUUUGCUCCCAAACUUGUUAACGGAAAGGGUCCGUUAGAUAACUUUUUACAGAAAAACAUGAAAAAUAACUUAAGAGAAACGGUACUCAUAUUUGACUUGACAGAGGACUCUAACCACACACUAAGUGAUGGCCUAGACCACAGUAAAUUAAAUUCAGAAGCAUCUUCAUCUGUAGAGACAACUAAUGGUAUGACAGAAGAUACAAGCCAGUUGAGUCCAUUAAAGCCCAUUGAGAAUGCCCAAAUGGAUGUUUCAAUGGAUACCAAUCCACCUUUUGAAGCUACUGCAAAUAAGGAUGAAGACUCAAUAGAUGUAACCAAAUCCUGUUCUAAAUUAUCAAAUACACAGUGUAAUAAUCUGGAGAAUGAGAGUGAACUCAAGGGUGUUAUAUUUGAGGGGAAGAUGCCUGUAGUAGUUCUGGAGGAUAUUAUGACUGCGAGGUCUCCCCAGGUUGUGUCUUUGGAAGAAAGUAUAACCUCGGAAAGUGAGACAAUGGAAUCUUCUCCUGAAGGAGACUCUAUACUUACUAAUUCCUCAUUAAGCUCCCCCUCUUCUACCAGCUCACCUGAGGCACAGCCUGUCCCACAGAACAGGAGUGAUACUAGUCCUUUAGCUGCUUCAAUACCUGUUCGGAAGGUGUAUCAGAAAUUCCUCAAAAGUUCUGCGGAGAAGGAGAAGCUGAGAUUGCAAAGAGAUCAAGAACGUGCAGAUAAGCUGCAGAAGUUGCAAGCAGAAAAGGAAGAAAAAGGGAGGCUGAAAGAAGAGGCAAAAGCCGCAAAAGAGCGGGCCAAGGAAGAGGCAAAGAAGAAGAAAGAGGAAGAGAAAGAAUUGAAAGAAAAGGAAAGGAGAGAGAAAAAGGAAAAAGAUGAAAAGGAAAAGGCUGAGAAGUUACGAGUGAAGGAGGAAAAACGCAAGGAGAGACAGGAAGCUUUAGAGGCAAAACUUGAAGAGAAAAGGAAGAAAGAGGAGGAGAAACGGUUAAAAGAGGAGGAAAAGCGCAUUAAUGCACAGAAGGCAGAAAUCACCAGGUUCUUUCAGAAACCAAAGACUCCACAAGCCCCCAAGACCCUUGCUGGCUCCUGUGGGAAAUUUGCUCCCUUUGAAAUUAAAGAGAACAUGGUCCUGGCCCCACUCUGUCGUGUUGCCUUUGAUCAGGACCUCUCAGAUCAGUUAGAUCAGUUCCUACAAGCACAGAAUAACGACAUAUCUUUCUUGGAAGAACUAAAGUGCCGCAAGCCACAUAAAUCUGGACCUACCGUUGUCUAUUACCGCAGUGCUGACAUAGUCAACAGUGAUGUGGUGAUUGUGGAUAGCUGCAAAAUGGACAAUGUUCCUGAAAGGAAGAAAUUUGGCAGGAUGAAACUGCUACAGUUUUCUGAGAAUCAUCGACCUGCAUACUGGGGCACAUGGAAUAAGAAAACUACUGUUAUUCAUCCCAGGAAUCCCUGGUCAAAGGACAAUAAACUGCUCGACUAUGAGAUAGAUAGUGAUGAAGAAUGGGAAGAAGAAGAACCAGGAGAGUCUCUCUCUCACAGUGAAGGGGAUGAUGAGGAAGAGGGAGGAGAAGAUGAAGAUGAUGAUGAUGGCUUUUUUGUACCCCAUGGGUACCUAUCCGAGGAUGAAGGAGUGACAGAAGAGCAUGAUCCAGAGAAUCAAAAAGUUCGUCAGAAGCUGAAAGCAAAGGAGUGGGAUGAACUGAUAGCCAAGGGGAAGAGGUUCCAUGUUCUUCAGGCUGUGAAGAUUGGCUCCAUCUGGGAAACAGAAGAAAGCAACAGCAGUGCAGAUGCAGACCUAAAGGUGCUUCAGCAGUUUGCAGUUUGUAUUCUGGAUUCAUCUGUUGCCGAGGAAGAGCAGAUGCAGAAAACUAGCAAAAAAAGGACAAAAGACCAGCAAAUCUUGGGACAACUGCUUCCGCUGCUCCAUGGGAAUGUCAAUGGAAGUAAAGUGAUCAUCCAUGAAUUCCAGGAGUGUUGCCGCCAAGGAUUGUUCAGUGAAACGCCCCUAGCCCCAGAUAUUAGUGAUGGUAGUCCUACAAGUCCCAACACUUCCCGCCCGCAGACUCCAGUCAACGAGGACUCUGCUAUCCCUUCCAAAGCCAGACUAAAGCGAAUUAUUUCAGAGAACUCUGUGUAUGAGAAGAGACCUGACUAUAGGAUGUGUUGGUAUGUCCACUCAGAGGUGCUGAAAAGCUUUGACCAAGAGCACCUUCCUGUUCCUUGUCAGUGGAACUACAUCACACCAGUCCUUUCUGCAGCCAAGGAGGACAAUAGCAGUGGACCAGGAGUGAUACAAACCACUCCAGUUUCAGUAAAGAGGAAGUCAACAGGAAGCAUGUCUAUCACCAAGUUCAUGAAAAAACCUAGGGAUCCAGAACAGGCUGACGCUGUGGAAAUGGAUGGGUUCCAGGCAGACACUGAAGAAGAGGAGGAAGAUGACUGUAUGAUUGUGGACAUACAACCAGGGAAAGAUUCUACAUCUGCAAUUAGUGAAACUACUUCAGAAUCAGAUGGUGCAAUGGAGAUUGUCCCCAUUCAGAAGGCUAUUGCAGUUGGCCCAUCUAACAGAGUUUGAUACUUAAUACCUACUAACCCCUCUGUAUGUAUGUAGAAUUUUUAGGAUUUUUUUAAAACUUGUGUAUCUUUGUACAAGAUACUUGAAAGUAUUCCAUAUUUCUUGUAAAGAGAAGACAGCACUUUGGUCUAAAGCAGAACAGAUGAAAUCUUGAAAAUUUUAGUUUUAAUAUUUUUAGCUAAAAAUAUUGCAUAUUAAUCUCUUUAAUAAAGCAUUAUUGAAAUUGA